AUGGCCCUGAGUGGCGUUCCCGUGCCUGCACACGGGCGCUCCGUGCGUUGCUUCUCGAUCUCGGGGCAGCAACGAGCAUAUAUAACGAGCAAUUCGGAUGAGCAUCGUGGGACGUGGUCUGUCGCCCUUCGGUCUUGGGGUUGUCAUCUCCGUGAACACUCCGGCUUGUCCCGAAAGGUUAUGCAGGGGCCCAACAACAGCGUUCUGGGUUGCGAAGUCUUCCUUGCCAAUUGUUUGAUCUUCGUACCUCUGACCAUCCUGAUCUAUGAAUACAUCGUCACUAUGGAGCGGGAAAUCAAGCUGUAUUGGCCACCCCGUCAUCGAGUAGGAUGGGUCUCCUCCGUUUUCCUGGUCAACCGCUAUCUCUCACUACUCGGCCACAUUCCCAUCCUUUAUUCAAUGCUUGGGCAUCGUUCAUCCUCGUACUGCACCUUCUUAGUCAGUUAUCACUCAUUCUACGAGAUCGUUCUACAGUUACUGGUUGGAGCUCUAUGUACGAUACGCGUAUAUGCAUUGUAUCAGAAGAGUCGUCAUAUCCUUGCUUUUCUGCUUUUGAUCAUAUUCGCCGGCAUCGGGAUCGCCAUAUGGUCCAUCUUGACGGCCUCUGGUAGUGGAGUGCUGAUUGUCAGCACUGCCCCGCUACUCGUCGGGUGUACUCAGCUCGUCCCGCGGACCAAUGCUCAGCAUCUAGCCACUGCGUGGAGCGGGGUUCUUGUCUUCGACAUCGUCAUCUUCGGACUUACGGUGUAUCGCACGCUCCGAAUUGGCCGAGGUCGGCUGACAACCAUCCUUUUCCGCGAUGGGUCAUUAUAUUUUGUUGCUCUGUUCUGCGUCAACCUAGGCAAUAUCCUGACCCUUCUAUUAGCAUCAGAAGCCCUCAGUGCCUGCGCCACGACGUUCACGAACGUCGUGUCUGCGUCACUCAUCACUAGGAUCAUGUUGAAUCUGCGAGCUGUGCGGUCGUUCGGUGGCACGUCGACGCAGCAGGCUACAUCGGACUAUCCUUACUCAAACGAUACACCCAAUGAUACAGACGCCCCUGCACUGUCCACGCUCGUAUUAGGCCCAGGAUCGACUCACUGCUACCACCAAUCGAGAGCCAGCUACCAGCAAACGAGGCACUCGCACCUGGCCUAUGACGAAGAACACGGCAUUGAGCUGGUCUCAUAUCAAGGUUUGGGCAACAUCAGAGAAGGAUUGUGA